AUCCUGUGUCCUGCAGCAGCAGCUAUCUGGCAUCACCACCUUCCAGCCAGGGCAUCCAGGCUCAGUGCCUCACCAAGGCCACCUCCCACCCAACCCCCAGGACCUCAGGCUGCUCUCAUUUGUCACCCGCAUGGGGACCCUCCGGGCACACAGCACUCCUGAGCCUUUGGUCCUGGGGGCGUGGCCAAGGAGCGGAACCUGUGGGCGUCCUGGAGCUGCUGCCUAGUAACGCCAGAGGCCUAAAUUAGGAGGCGGGCAGGGGUCCCGGAAGGAGUUGGCGCAGGCCCAGAGAUCCUCCUGCAAGAUACCUCAUGACAGACUCCUGGGAAGUGCAGGCUGGAGAUGCCAAAGCCAAGGUAGAAGGCAGGGAGGACCCGGAGCUUGGACAGACCUCCUCAUACAGCAUCCCAAAGCCAUGGGUGAUUCCAGUCCCAAGGGGGACCCUACGUUCCAUCUUUGGGACCAGCCAGGUGUUCUGGGGCAUGGAUGAUAUAAAACCAAAGGUCACAGGAUUAACAGUGCCUCUCAAAGUCAGGGAGUACUACCACCGAGGCCAGGGAUGCCUGGAGCAGGAGGACUGGGAGAUGGCUGUGCUCUUCUUCUCCCGAGCCCUCCACCUGGACCCUCAGCUGGUAGACUUCUACGCCUUACGAGCGGAGGCCUUGAUCCAGCUCUGCGACUCCUCCUCGGCUGCCCAGAACCUGCGCAGGUCCUACUCGGCCCAGCCGGAGAACACGAAGCACCUGGAGCAGCUCACCUUUGUGCUUUACCUGCAGGGCCAGUGCCUCUUUGAGCAGUGCAACUUCGAGGAUGCCCUGACGUUCUCCCAGGCCUGGGAGCUCCAGCCCGAGAAGCAGCACUUCUGGUACCGGAGCAUGGCCUGCCUCCUGGCCCUCCAGCGGCAUCACGACUGCCUGGCACUCAUCAACAAGCAGCUGAGGCAAGGGCAAGGCACGACCAACGCCGACCUCUACAUCCUCCGUGCCAGGAUCUACAACCUCUUCCAGACGGGGUGACCCAACUUCUGCUGUCAGGACCUGUGCAGCGCCUUGCUGUUGGAUCCCAAGCCCCCACAGGCCAGGAUGCUGCUCCAGAUGAUGGUGGACCAGGCCCAGGAGGCCCGCCAGGAUGCUGGGAUCCUGGCCAUACAGGGCAGGCUGCAGCAUGCACUGCAGCGCAUCAACUGUGCCGUGGACAACAGCCCUCUGGAGCCCAGUCUCUUCCUCUUCCGGGGCAUCUUGUACCGCCGGCUGCAGGAGGCUGACGCGGCAGUGGAGGACUUCCUGAAGGUCCUGGACGUGGCCACCGCCGACAGCCAACGUGACACAGUGCGACAGGCGCAGCGCCAGCUGCUGCUGACCUACAACGACUUUGCUGUGCACUGCUACAAACAGGGCGCCUACCAGGAGGGCGUGCUACUGCUCAAUAAGGCGCUACGGGGGGAGCAUCGCGAGAAGGGUCUCUACAUCAACCGCGGCGAUUGCUUCUUCCAGCUGGGUAACCUGACCUUUGCGGAGGCAGAUUACAACCAGGCCCUGGGUCUGAGCCCGCAGGACCAGGGUGCCAACACACACCUGAGCAUCCUGCAGGAGAUGAUGGGGUUCCGAGAGCAGAAGCGCAGGCAGUUCCAGCGGGCUGAGGACCACUUCUCAGCAGCCAUUCAGCACAACCCCCAGAGGGCCCAGUGCUACCUGUACCGGGCCAAGAACCGUCAGACCCUACAGGACAUUUUUGGUGCCCGCCAGGAUGUCGCCACAGUGCUGCUCCUGAACCCCAAGCAACCAAAGCUCUUCCCACUGAUGACCAGCCUCUUUCCGGGCAUGUCAGUGGAGGAGGUGCUUAGCAGCCAGGUAUGCCACCUGGCUAAGCUGCAGCUGGAGCGGAUGGUGGAAAGUGGCCUGCAGGCCAAGAGCCCACAAGGCAUUGUGGGCUUACUCAUGGUUUGGGAGCUGGAGCACCACAAGGCCCAGGCCCUGAAGCUCUCCUGGAAGCUCAGAUGGCCUCUGUCUGCGACCCCUAAAGAGCCAGAGCUCACCUCCCAGAUGCUGCAGAUAUCCCUGGAAGACUCAGGGAAAGACACUGAGGCCCUCAAGGGGAAGAAAGCAGGGGAAGAGAAAGAACAGGACCAACUAAAGCUCAGCCUUCACAAGGUGACGUCUGCAUCGGACAGCUACCUCGACCGGACCUCCUCGGGCUCCGUCCUUGGCUUCAGGAGGGCAUCCACCUCAGAGAUGGAGAUGUCCACGCCUUCCCAGGAGUACAGGAGCACCUCCACCACCCCCGGGAUGUUCUCUGACUCCUCGCUGCCCAAGACUCAGUCCUCAGAUUCCGGGAACAAGAGAGAAGCCCUAAGCCCGAGCCAUCGCCCCAGAAAAUCCCAGGCUUCCCAGGCUCAGAUGCAGAGCUCGUCCGAGGCCACCCAGAGCCAGGGCUCCAGUGAGACCAAGGCUGCCCAGGGUCAAAGGCAGAGGCCCAGCAAGAUCAAGGCCACCCAGAGCCCAAGGCAGAGAUUCAGGAAGGCCGAGGCUGCCCACGGCUAGAACUGGGGACGAGUCUAGGGUCCCAGCAGGACUAAGUCCAAGGGUUUCCAUGACCCAAGUGGGAGCCUCAGCAAUACCAAGGCCAACCAGGGCCAGAGCUGGAUGCCCAGUGAGACUGAGGCUGUUGCCCUGAACCCAGGUCAGGGCACAAGCUCAAGUUCCAACAAAACUGAUGCCAUGCAGGGCCUGGGCCACAACGCCAGCAAGACCAAGGCUGGUCAGGGCCCUGACCAUCAUGCUGCGCUCUGAAUGCCCGAG